AUGGAACGAGGUGGUGGUGAGACCAGGGCAGUUUCAGCGUGGGAUGAGGAGCUGUUGGCCUCGACAAACGAGGUCAACGACGUUUUCGGAACUCUCGUCGUCUCGGACGAGUUUCUCCCACCGCGCGCUCACGACUUCGAGUCCGAGUUCGGCAACAUCCGAGAUCUUAAGAUCCAGGAGCUCCUCUUUCGAUGCCCUGGUCGCGCCACCUCCGCUUUCCGCGUCACCGCAAGACACGCGACUGUCGACCCCUCAUCGAUCACUCCGAUCACCUCGCUUACCCCUGCCGCCGAGUACUCUAUGAGAGUCACAUGGGUCGAGCAAUCCCGCCUCGACGAUGUCAUCGCACUACGUCGCAAGAUGCACGCCGUGCCGCGUCGCGUACCGACACCGAGAGACUAAGCCUGACGGCGUCGGGCGUCGUCACCUGCUCCGCUCAAUCGGGGCUCGAGCUCGAUGUAGCUACCCGAGUUGUCGCAUCCGACCAGAUGUCAAUCGCCAAUCUACAGCCGCUUGCAUCGAUGAUCGGGAGACCAUAG